UCGCGCAUUAAUCGUUUGGUGUUCAGACGCGUUGUGUGUGGUUGAUAGCAGAAGCUCCAUUACUUGCUCUAAUUAUCGACUACCCACUUUCUACAAGAACGUAAAACGAAUCCCUAGACUUCAAAAUGCGUGAAUGUAUCUCAAUCCACGUUGGCCAGGCUGGAGUCCAAAUUGGUAAUGCCUGCUGGGAAUUAUAUUGUCUGGAACAUGGCAUUCAGCCUGAUGGUCAGAUGCCAUCAGACAAGACCAUUGGAGGAGGUGAUGACAGUUUCAAUACUUUCUUCAGUGAAACCGGUGCAGGAAAACAUGUUCCCAGAGCAGUUUUCAUCGACUUAGAGCCCACAGUAGUCGACGAGGUUCGUACAGGCACUUAUCGUCAGCUCUUCCAUCCAGAACAACUGAUCACAGGCAAAGAAGAUGCAGCAAACAAUUAUGCUCGUGGUCACUACACAAUUGGCAAAGAAAUUGUCGACCUUGUUUUAGACCGUAUUCGUAAACUCGCAGAUCAAUGUACUGGACUCCAAGGUUUUCUCAUUUUCCAUUCUUUCGGAGGCGGCACUGGCUCUGGUUUCACGUCAUUGUUGAUGGAACGUUUGUCCGUGGAUUAUGGAAAGAAGUCAAAGCUGGAAUUUGCUAUUUACCCAGCCCCUCAAGUUUCCACUGCUGUAGUCGAGCCCUAUAAUUCAAUUCUCACCACCCAUACCACUUUAGAACAUUCCGAUUGUGCAUUUAUGGUCGACAACGAGGCUAUUUACGAUAUUUGUCGCCGAAAUUUGGACAUCGAAAGACCAACGUACACAAAUCUCAACCGAUUGAUUGGUCAAAUUGUAUCAUCGAUCACUGCCUCGCUUCGUUUCGAUGGCGCUCUUAACGUCGAUCUGACGGAAUUCCAGACUAACUUAGUACCUUAUCCAAGAAUUCAUUUCCCACUGGUUACUUACGCCCCGGUUAUCUCUGCUGAGAAGGCGUAUCACGAACAACUUUCCGUAGCUGAAAUCACAAAUGCUUGCUUCGAGCCGGCUAACCAAAUGGUCAAAUGCGAUCCACGACACGGCAAGUAUAUGGCGUGCUGCAUGCUGUACAGAGGUGAUGUUGUACCCAAAGACGUUAAUGCAGCUAUUGCAACUAUCAAGACGAAACGUACUAUUCAAUUUGUCGAUUGGUGUCCAACUGGAUUCAAAGUCGGCAUUAACUAUCAGCCACCUACCGUUGUACCAGGUGGAGAUCUUGCUAAAGUACAACGAGCUGUCUGCAUGUUGUCCAAUACUACUGCUAUCGCAGAAGCUUGGGCUCGCCUUGACCAUAAAUUCGACUUAAUGUACGCCAAGAGAGCAUUUGUACACUGGUACGUCGGCGAAGGUAUGGAGGAAGGCGAGUUCUCUGAAGCGCGUGAAGAUCUUGCCGCUUUGGAGAAAGAUUACGAAGAGGUUGGUAUGGAUUCCGCAGAGGGUGAGGGAGAGGGAGCCGAAGAAUAUUAAACUGAUUUUCGUCGAGAUUUUUCAAUGACGUACAAUUCAAAAUAAACGAAUUGAUUUGCAACUGUUUCGUGCAUUUACCUGCCCUUUUUACACUUUCCUCAGUAGUUUAAUUAUUUUCAUCAACUUAAUUGGAAUUGAGUAGUCUAUUUAUGUUACACAAGGUUAGAUUUAUUUAAAAAAUUUUUAAAAAUCUAGUUUUAAGUUGCUGAAAGCUCCAAUUAGUUUUAAUAUUUAGAAGUAAAAAGUACUUGAUAUUUAUGUACUCUAUCGCUUCAAAUAUGUUCAAAUAUUAGAGAUAUUAAAGAACUAUAAAAAUUACAAAGUUAUUUAUAUUGAAAGUAUGUUGUUAUAAAUUUAUAUGUUUGUACAGAAAGAUUACGACUGUGCCAAGAACAGGUGAUAUGUUGAAAUAUAAGAACACGGAAAUUUGUGGUUUACAUGCAUUGUCAGCGUGUGUUAAUGAACAAAUAUACCAAGAUUUUGUUUAA